CCAAAAUCUCAGAAGCUGUGAAUGUAGAGAUCAUACAGAACAGGCGCAGGUUAGAGAGUAAGACUGAGAGUCAGUCAGGGUGUAAAGAUGCGUUGCUUUAGGCCUCAGAGGAGCAAGGCAGUGGAUGAAGUGGAUAAGACAGCACUGGAGGAGGAGAAACGUCAAGCGAGUCAAAGUCAGCAAGUCAACAGAGAUGUCAGGGAAGGUGGGGUGGCUGAAGCUAACCAGGGCUCCGAAUAUCAACUCAGCAGGAUCAUGCGGCCAGAUGACGCCAACAUCGUGGGCAACGUCCACGGCGGCAUCAUCCUCAAGAUGAUCGAGGAAGCUGGCUGCAUCGUCGGCACACGACACUGCAACACGCAGAACGGGGACCGCUGUUUGGCAGCUCUGGUUCGGGUGGAGAAGACUGAGUUCCUGUCCCCUGUGUUCAUCGGUGAGGUCGCCCACGUCACCGCUGAGAUCACUUACACCUCCAAGCACUCACUGGAGGUGCAGGUCAAAGUCAUGGCUGAGAACAUCCUCACAGGUGCCAAAAAGCUGGCCAACAAGGCAGCGCUGUGGUACGUCCCCUGCUCUCUGCAGAAUGUCGACAAGAUUAUGGAGGUGCCGCCCAUCAAGUACGCCAGCGCAGAGCAAGCUGAGGAGGGCAGGAAACGCUACGAGGCUCAGAAGAUGGAGAGACUGGAGACCAAAGCAAGGACUGAAGAGGUGGUGUCAUCUCCACCAAACCCAGACGAUCCACCUAAAGAACAGCACACUGUUGGCUUCAGCCAGUCCACUCUGAUCCACCUGGUGGGCCCCUCUGACUGCACACUACACAACUAUGUUCAUGGAGGUGUGACCAUGAAGUUGAUGGAUGAGGUCGCUGGCAUUGUGGCAGCUCGCCACUGCAACACCAACAUUGUCACUGCCUCCGUGGAUGCCAUCAACUUCCAUCGUAAGAUCAAGAAAGGCUGUGUGGUGACGGUGACGGGGCGGCUCACAUUUGUCAGUAACAAGUCAAUGGAAAUUGAAGUGUUGGUAGAUGCUACCUCGCUGGUGGAGGCAGAAAAAGGGAAAUAUCGUGCCGUCUCUGCCUUCUUCACCUUCAUCUCCCUGGACAAGGACAACAAGCCUCUCCCUGUUCCUCCUCUUAAGAUUGAAGGAGAGGAGGAGCAGAGGCGUGCUGAGGAGGGAAAAGCACGUUACCUCCAGAAUAAAGCAAAGAGACUUUCAGAUAAGGAGCGUCAGCAGUGACGCCGCAGCUCACCAGGAUUUAACGCCUGCGACAAUAGUAUAUCUACCCCACACAACACACAUACAGUAUGAAGGAAAUGAAAACUCUCUCUCCUGUUCAGUAAUUGUAGCCUCCUGUUAAACUUAAACCUGUGAUUAUGUUUUCCUGUGCUACUCACCAAAGUGUCCACAUAUAGCUGUACUGUAUAUGUAUGUAAAAGUAAGAGUACAUAUUUUAAUUUGGGGACAUUUUUAUUAAUGUAUGAAGACUGUUCAUGAUCACUGUCAGUGCAAAGAGACAGUCUGAUUGUAUGUAGAAGUAAGAGUACUAUUUUGUUCUAAGAAGAUUUUUAAGUAUGAAGACUUCAUGAUUGGUGUCAGUGCAAAGCGAUAGUCUGAGCGCAAGAAAAAUGAUGAAUAAGUGAGUGAAUAAUGAUGAAUAAAAGAUCCAAGCGUGA